AUGACGAAGCGCCAACGACCACCUCCAAGCACUCAACAGCAAUUACCCUUUGACAUUGCAGUCAACAUCCUCCUUCGCUGCGAGCACUUCCUACGCUCUCUCGCAUUCCAAUCCUGCCAGGGGGAAGAAAGCGUCAAAGAAAUACAAAAGCUCUUCAACGACUUCCACGAAACGCUCUUCAUCAUCGACCAUGCUCUACACAAAUACCGAAUUGAGCACAAGCUCAACAACAGCGAUCAAGCUCAAGAAGACCAUACUACCAAUGCAUACCGCCUCCUCUCAGAAAUCAACGAACAGCUCACCGAUUAUGCGUUCCUGAUCGGCCACAAGAUUCACCCAUGGGACAUUCCAUAUGUGUUCGAGGAGAGCAACUCAGUACUGACCGAUGCUGAUACCAGCCCCGACCCUGCUCCUCGCACGUAUGCGCAACAAAUCAAAUUCCCACCCGCGACUUGGAAAAACCGUGUGUUGCGUCAGACUACGACACCGCUGGCAGGGUUCCCACUUGAGAAUUCGGCGCAUAACGACGACACUCGCGGUCUCACUUCGUAG